AGCACUGCGGGGUGGAAUGACAGGCGCGCUGCCUGCACCGGGGACACCGCUACUGCUAUAGGAGCGCCAUUUUAAUUCAUUGGGGGGCAUCCCAGUGUAGGGCCACAGCGCAGCAGGCGGCGGCGGGGUAUGUGCGUCCGGCUGGAGCUGCAGGUCUUUCCCUGCGGUCUUCAGGGGGCGGGGAGGGGGGAUCUUCCUGUUGCCAAGAAGAGCGGAGUGUGCAAAUGUAAAUAAGCCUCUUCCUCCUCCUCCGCUGCUGGAAGAAGAUGGUGAUGAGGAGGAGUCUCAGGGUCCCCACGAAGACUUUGUAGCCGUGGAGGGGACACCGAGGAAGAGCCGUACCUUCUACCCACCCAUGCACCCCGGGGAAAUCCCUCAUGCCCAACUUGUAAGGCACUGAGGGCGCAGGGCGUGGAGGAGCACAGGAUCCCGCAUCCUUCCUCGCCUGCCGGUCACAUGCAUUGAUCCGUGGAUGAUACAAUGUUGCCAUGCUGAUUGAUGCUGCUGCACACCACAGGCGAUCGGGGAUCUGCAGUCCCGUCCUCAGAUAGCAGGGUAGUGCUCUGCCCCCUGGUAUCGCCCGGGCACAGGGACAUGCAGCAGAGUGGCAUCAGCCCAGGAGAUCACGCAGUGCCAGUGACUGGCAGCACAGACUGAAAGCAGCAGCCACUAGUGGUUUGGAUUGGGCUAAGGAGGCAUCAAAGCAUGGGCUGUGCUCCAAGCAUUCACAUCUCUGACAGCAGGGUGGUUUAUCACAGUGGCAAAGAGUCUGACGACUCCAACUCUCCGCACCAGACCAACACUGUACUGUCUCAGCAGAGCAACUCAGUCCCUGGAUUAUUCCUUAAAUCCUCCAACACGUCCACUUAUAAGGUGAGGGCUAAUUCCUCUAGGAAAGACAGGAGGGAGCAGAGCCAGAGCAUGGAGGUGCCCAGCAGCAGAUCCAGUGUGAAGGCAGCUGUAACAGAGGUGCAGUUUGGUCCGAUGAGACUCCACCAAGAUCAACUUCAGGUACUUUUAGUAUUUGCCAAAGAAGAUAGCCAGAGUAAUGGAUUCUGUUGUGCAUGUGAAAAAGCGGGCUUUAAGUCUAACAUUGCCAAGACACCAGAAUCUGUUUUGGAAAGCUUUUUAGAUAAACAUCAUGAAAUUAUUAUUAUCGAUCAUCGACAGUCGCGGUGUUUCGAUGCAGAAGCUCUAUGCAGGUCCAUCAGAGCUACCAAACAUUCAGAAAACUCUGUCAUUAUUGCUGUAGUUAGAAGACAAAGUGAUCGCGAUGAAACGUCUAUAAUGCCUCUAAUAUCUGCUGGAUUUACCAGGAGAUAUGUGGAGAACCCUAAUGUCAUGGCCUGUUACAAUGAGCUUAUUCAGUUAGAGUAUGGAGAAGUGCGUGCACAAUUUAAAUUAAGGGCUUGUAAUUCACUAUUUACUACAUUAGAAAAGAGUCAAGAAGCCAUUGAAAUCACCAACGAGGAUCACAAAAUACAGUAUGUGAAUCCAGCUUUUGAAAGUACGAUGGGUUAUCAAAAGGAUGAACUAUAUGGAAAAGAAUUAAUUGAAGUGCCUAUUAAUGAAAAAAAAUCUGAUUUCUUAGAUUCUGUUAAUUCUUGCAUUAAAACAGGAAAGGAAUGGGAAGGUGUUUACUAUGCCAAAAACAAAAACGGUGAUAAUAUCCAGCAAAAUGUGAAGAUAAUUCCUGUUUUUGGACACCGAGGUAAGAUCAGACACUAUGUGUCUAUUAGCCGGCCAUGUAGUGACAACAAUAAGGUAGAAAAACAGUGUGAACGAGUUCAGGCUGAGUCUCAAACAGAUAUCCAGAGUUGCAGACACAAGGACAGGCGGAAAGGUUCCUUAGAUGUCAGGUCAACCACCUCCCGAGGAAGUGAUGGUAGUUCACAAAGGCGGCACUCUUCCAUGGCCAGAAUACAUUCGAUGACUAUUGAAGCCCCUAUUACAAAGGUAAUAAACAUCAUCAAUGCUGCACAAGAAAACAGCCCUAUGCCAGUAGCAGAAGCUCUGGACCGAGUUCUGGAGAUCUUAAGAACUACAGAGUUGUAUUCUCCGCAGCUCGGAACCAAAGACGAGGAUCCUCACACCAAUGACUUGGUUGGAGGUUUGAUGACUGAUGGCUUAAGAAGACUUUCAGGGAAUGAGUAUAUCCUCUCAGCAAAACAAGUCCAUCCGUCUUCUGGGCAUUUAAUCUCCUCUCUCUCCCUUUCUGACAUCCCACCUCGGAUAGCUCAGGCAAUGGAGAAUGAAGAGGACUGGGAGUUUGAUAUAUUUGAAUUAGAGUCUGCCACUCAUAAAAGGCCUUUAGUUUACCUUGGCCUUAAAAUGUUUGCACGGUUUGGGGUUUGUUCAUUCCUAAACUGCUCAGAAGUUACUUUGAGAUCCUGGCUACACAUUAUUGAGUCAAACUACCAUUCAGGCAAUGCAUACCAUAAUUCAACACAUUCCGCCGAUGUCUUACAUGCCACCGCUUACUUCCUGUGCAAAGAAAGGGUGAAGCAAAGCCUGGACCAGAUCGAUGAGGUUGCUGCUCUUAUUGCUGCCACUGUUCAUGAUGUGGAUCACCCUGGGAGAACGAAUUCAUUCCUGUGUAAUGCUGGAAGUGAACUGGCCAUCCUAUACAAUGAUACAGCAGUGUUGGAGAGCCAUCAUGCAGCACUGGCAUUCCAGCUGACGACAAGAGAUGACAAGUGCAAUAUAUUCAAAAACAUGGAGAGAAAUGAAUAUCGCACUUUGCGGCAAGCAAUUAUCGAUAUGGUUUUGGCCACAGAAAUGACGAAGCACUUUGAACAUGUCAACAAGUUUGUCAACAGCAUCAAUAAGCCAUUAGCUGCGCUAGAGGAGAAUGGGGGAAGCAUCAGUGAUGAUGAGUCUGUCAAAAACAUACUGACAUCUCCAGAAAAUCGAAUACUCAUAAAGAGGAUGCUCAUAAAGUGUGCAGAUAUCUCCAAUCCAUGCCGAGCGCUGGAGCAAUGCAUUGAGUGGGCUGGUAGGAUAUCAGAAGAGUAUUUUGCACAGACAGAUGAAGAGAAGCGGCAAGGUUUGCCUGUGGUAAUGCCUGUGUUUGACAGGAAUACGUGCAGUAUUCCGAAGUCUCAGAUCUCAUUUGUGGAUUAUUUCAUCACCGACAUGUUUGAUGCAUGGGAUGCAUUUGCUGACUUGCCGAAUUUAAUGCAACAUAUGGAUAACAAUUUCAAAUAUUGGAAAUCACUAGAUGAAAGACAGCUGAAAACGCUACGACCGCCCCCCGAAUAGCAAAUAAGCCCUCCCUUAUAAGGGAUCCAGAUAGUUUUGGCUCUCUAACUGAUGCCAGAACCUGCUUCUUCAUCCUACAGGAUGUUCACGUAACAAGGAUUGUCAGGUCAAAAGAUACCUCCAGUACCCUGCAGUAAACUUUGAUAUAAAAAUAUAUAAAAAAAAAAAAAAAAAAAAGCCUUUUGCAUUAACUUAUCUCACAAGUUAAAUUACACUGGAUUGCUGCAAUAUUUGUACUGACGGGUUCUACACAAAAUAUCAGUUAUUUUCUUCAUACCUGUAUGAAAACCUUGAAGAUUCCUUUGAUAAAAGUUUUCUUCGAUAGAUUUGCGCAGAAAAACAAACAGACUCAAACCUGCAAGUGAAGGAAAAUCAUCUUUGGUGUCUCGCGGCUUUUAAGAGAACACUCUGCUUUUUUUUUAAAGCACUUAUAGUUGUAACAAUCAACACAUUAAAUGCACUCUUUAUGAAGGAGUUUUUGAUCUCUGAAAAAUAGAUCUUCUCUAUUUUUUAAUAUCACAGAAGGGGCAAUCAUUCACCUCUGCACACUACUGAUAGGGAGCUUUCUCAAGGCUGUUUAGUAGAAAAUUGUAUAACAGACACAGAACUUGAUCAUUAGCAUCUAUGAUUAAAAUAUGUUUUAUUUAUUUUGUUAGAUGUUCAAUAUUUUCUAUGAAUUUAUAAAAAGAAAAAAAAGCCAAAGCCAACUCUAGAUGCAUUACAGAUGCUCACGAUUCCUAGUCAUUACUAUUAGAACUUAACCUUUGAUUUUAAUAAUGCAAAUCCAUGAAUAUUAUCGAAUCCCAUAUUUGUAUUGCACUGUACGACUCACGUGGAAGUUUGAUUUUAUGUUGAUUUUUUUUCUCCUUUUCCUGGACGAUGAUGCAGAAGAUUCUGUUGCUUUGGAUUUAGUGCCACAGAAGGGACAUAUUAGACUAUUUAAUUUGGUGAUGGCCCUUUUUUCAGUUGAUUUUACCCUGUGAUGCCAGUGGGCGCCAGGAGUUGCUAUGCAAUGUGUUGGCAGGUCCACUGGCUCUUACGGUGAGAGGACAGUAACCAUUCUCCUCUACUCCAUAUUUUGCAGUUCGGUUCCCUAUCAGGAGUCUGCCUUAUUUUCUACAAUAUUUCUACAAUGCAUUCCACAGCAAAGAUGGAAGGGGGAAGUAAAAUAUAUUUAAACAUU